GGUAUAUGGAUGAAGUGCACCUAAACAGUGUGGAUCCUUCUCUUUUUUGUACUUUGUACUUGGUAAGUGAUACUACAUAUUGCAUACAGUUGAAGGGAUGGGGCUACUUCGGAGGACAUGAUAUACAAUUGUACAGUAUAUCGUUGAAUGGAUGAUAUGCUUUCGAUGAUGGAUUAUCCUAUGUUAUCAGCGAAUUAUUUCAGAUGUCAACACAUUGAAAUGAGGGGCAUUGAAGAUCAAGAAUGAUGGGACUAUUUAUAGCAGACGAUGACAUUGAUGCAUUGGGACAUUUGGACUGACCUAUUUUCGAUCAUUCUCUCUCAACAAUAUAUAGGAAUUCAACCAUGGGUCGUCGUCCCGCUCGUUGUUAUCGUUAUUGUAAGAACAAGCCUUACCCUAAGUCUAGAUACAAUCGUGGUGUCCCCGAUGCCAAGCUUAGAAUCUACGAUUUAGGUCGUAAGAAGGCUUCUGUUGACGAAUUCCCUCUUUGUAUUCACUUGGUUUCCAAUGAAUACGAACAACUUUCUGCCGAAGCUCUCGAAGCUGGUCGUAUCUGUGCUAACAAGUACAUGUCCAAGACCUCCGGUAAGGAUUCCUUCCACAUGCGUAUCCGUGUCCACCCUUACCACGUUACUCGUAUCAACAAGAUGUUGUCAUGUGCUGGUGCCGAUAGAUUGCAAACCGGUAUGCGUGGUGCUUUCGGUAAGCCCAACGGUCUUGUUGCUCGUGUCAACAUUGGCCAAAUUAUCUUCUCUGUUCGUUCAAAGGAUUCCAACAAGGCUGUCGUCAUUGAAGCUUUGAGACGUUGUAAGUACAAGUUCCCUGGUCAACAAAAGAUCAUUGUUUCCAAGAAGUGGGGUUUCACUCCUCUCUCUCGUGAAGACUACGUUGAAGCCCGUUCCAAGGGUUUGCUCAGACCUGAUGGUUGUUACGUUAAGUUCUACCCUCAAAAGGGUCCUCUUGCCGAUUACUACAAGGAAGUCUCCAGAGCCUAAAUUCAUUGCCCUCAUUGAAUCUUUCUUUUUAAUCAAAUGUUUACUGCAAGUGAGCAUGUAAAAUAAUAAAAGCAGCUCGUUAUAAAGACAAGUAUUGAGCAUGUGGAAUGUACAUAAUUAAGCUGAUCACUUAUUUUUAUAUUUGUGUAACUGUGCAUCACAUAAAGAAUGAGAUCAAGUGGGC